UUCAACUGCGACAAUCCAUGGAGAAGCAACAAAGAGCAAACGACGGCAAAUCGCCGGACCGGAAAAUUCUGUCGGAGGUCGGAGAAAAUGGCGUAGCCAUUAUCACUAUCAAUCGUCCACCUCUCAAUCUGCUUUCUGUUGACGUGCUAUUGAGCUUGAAAGAGAAGAUUGAGGAAGCUAUACAUAAAGAUAGUGUGAAGGCAAUUGUCAUAACUGGUUCAAGAGGAAACUUCUCAGCAGGAUUUGUUGUAACAGCUUUUGGCGGAAGUCAACAGAGAAAGACACAUAGAGAACUUGGCUUUAUGUCAAUUGACUUUAUCACCGACACAUUGGAAGCUUCAAGGAAGCCCAUUGUUGCUGCUGUUGAAGGUUUUUCGUUGGGAGGGGGAUUUGAAAUUGCACUAGCUUGUCAUGCUCGCAUAUCAACAUCUACCUCAAAAUUAGGUCUUCCCGAACUUCAGUAUGGGAUUCUUCCUGGGUUUGGAGGAACACAACGACUUCCUCGGCUGGUUGGCCUUCCAAAGGCUCUUGAAAUGAUUCUGACGUCAAAGCGGAUAAGUGGAGACGAAGCUUGCAAUAUGUGCCUAGUGGAUGCUAUAUCUCCAUCAGAUCAGUUGCUUGGAUCAGCUUGUCAAUGGGCUUUGGAUAUAUUAGAAUGUCGAAGACCAUGGUCUAUCAGUCUUUUCAGAACCGAUAGAUUAGCACCUCUGGCAGAAGCUAGGACAUUGCUCAAUUCUGUCAGAGCUCAGAUUCAGAAACAAAAUCCAAAUGUUAUCCAUCCCUUGGUUUGUAUUGAUGUCAUUGAACAUGGUAUUCUUUGUGGCCCUCGUAAUGGACUAUGGAAGGAAGCAGAAGCUUUACAUGAACUUCGACAAUCUGAUAGUUGCAGGAGCUUAGUGCAUGUAUUCUUUGCGAAACAAAGCACUUCAAAGAUUCCUGGGAUUACUGAUAUAGGACUGCUACCAAGGAAGAUUAACAAGGUUGCUAUACUUGGUGGGAGCUUGAUGAGUUCUGGAAUAGCAACAGUGCUGGUACUUGCAAACUAUUAUGUAAUCAUGAAGUAUAUAGAUCAGAAUUCUCUGCAGAAUGGCAUUGGCAGAGUUAAAGCCAAUUUGGAAGGACGUGUUAAGGAAGGAAGAAUGACUCAAGAGCAUUAUAAAAAAGCGUGUACGCUUUUAAAGGGUGUUUUGAGCUAUGAUAACUUCAAAGAUGUGGAUCUAGUCAUAGAGGAUGUGCCUGACAUUGUCUCCUUGAAGCAACAAUUUUUUGCUGAUCUGGAUGAGUGUUGCCCUCCUCACUGCAUUUUUGCUUCAACUACUUGUAUAGUCAACUUAGAUUUGAUUGGAGAAAGGAUGAAACCAUGUAGUGAGAUUGUUGGGAUCCACUUUUUUAGCUCACCCGCUGUCACGGAUCUCCUGGAAAUUGUCCGAACAGAGAGGACAUCCCCUCAAACGCUUGUUGAUCUGUUGAACUUUGGAAGGAGGAUUCAAAAGACUCCUAUUGUAGUUCAGAAUUGUACAGGUUAUGCAGUCAGACGUAUGUGCUUCCCCUACUUGCAGGCAGCGAUGCUUCUUGUUGAACAUGGUGCUGAUGCGUAUCAGAUUGAUAAGGCACUUACCAGCUUUGGGUUGAAAUUGGGUCCAUUUAGAAUGCUUGAUCAAGAUGGAUUCCAGUCUGCAACUGUGCAUGGUGUGAAAUUCCUUGAGACUUUUCCAGAUAGAUCUUACAAAUCAAAUUUGAUUCCAAUCAUGAGGAAAAAUAACCGUGCAGGUAAAUACACUUGCCAAGGCUUCUACACAUACAAUGACAAGGAAGAGGCAAGCCCAGAUCCCGAAAUAUCAAAAUAUAUAGAAAUGGCUAGAAGUAUGUCUGGUAUCACCAUUAAAUCAAAGUUGGCAACAUUGUCCGAUGGAGAAAUUGUUGAGAUGAUUCUUUUCCCUGUACUGAAUGAAGCAUGUCGCAUGAUAUCAGAGGCAAUUAUAGUGAAAUCCUCUGAUCUUGAUGUUGCUUCAGUUUUGGGUAUGGGAUUCCCCGGAUACAGGGGAGGCAUAAUUUUUUGGUCUCACUCUGUUGGCUCCAAAUAUAUUUGUUCAAAACUGGAAGAAUGGUCGAAGGAGUAUGGAGAGUUUUUCAAGCCUUGUGCAUACUUAGUCGAACGAGCUUCCAAGAGAAGUUCUUUGAGUGCGCAAGUUAAGCAGGCCAAGUCGCUUUUGUAAGAUUGUGAUGAUGGCAACAACAUAUCUUUCUAAUACGCAGUUCAUAUGUCAGAUAUUUGUGCAAUGUCGUUGUAAAUUCUUGUGCUAGUUGGAAUUUACCCACACAACUCUAGUUGCUUGAUCUGUAUGUAUCAUUCACCUAACGGGAUCAUAGUGACUGAGACUGCAGUUAUGUGUUGUAUAAAGUCUCAUGGAUAGAGUUGGCUUCAAAUGGAUAAAGAUGAAAAGGAAGAUGGUGCUGAUCGCUGCAUUAAAUAUACAUGUAAUUCAGGUGAAGUUUGUGUUUUUACCUGUCAAUCAACAAUUUCCAUUUUUUGGUUUUCUU